AGCAAUUUGGAUCUGGUAACCCUGGAAGCGUGAGGGAGCAGUGUGGGCCAAGGCGUGGGAGAGAGUGGUUACGUUAAGUUUUGACGCUGUUUAUACCUACUUUGGAUACUCCUGCCACGAUGGGGGAUGAAGAGAUUAUCCGGCGCCGAUUGAUGAUCGAUGGAGAUGGCACAGGUGAUGCUCGUGUAAUGAUGAUGUUCAUGAAGCAUUUCAUAAAAUGGUGUUCAACAGACGAUUCACCCCAAGAGAGCCAGAAUCAACACGAUCGUCUUCUGACACAACUGGCUGCUAUUGAGCAUUCUUCGUUAAAAUGGAGAUCGAUUGUCGAUAUGAAUCGUGAAGAAAUCCAGCACUAUGAGCUACUCAGAGAGGAAACAAACACAAAUGUAAAAGAAGCAUGCAUUGCAAUUGGGGCAGCCAAACAAGAACUGGAGGAAGCUAGGCAGGUGAGACGAAACAGAUUGGAGUAUGAUGCACUUGCAAGGCUAAUAAAGGAACAUCCCCCGCGCUCCGACACUGCCAAUAAGUUGGCACACUUGACGCAGCAAUUGCAUUCUUUGAAGUCAAAGAGAGAUCAGCUGGAAGAGAAGGUUGGCUUACGUCGAAAACAACUACAUGUUCUUGUUACUUCACUGCACCAGCUGAAGCAAACACUGCUACUAGAUAAUUCUCCAUCACGAGACAAUGAUCCAUGCAUUUUUGAAGAAAUUAUAGACCUGACAGCACCACCGCCCACUGUAGAUUUAACAGCUUCAUCCAUGGAAACUUAGACUGGCAACAGUUAAAUAAAGUUAAGAGGAAAAUGGCUGGAACAAGUUGGUGGUGGUGGAGGCCAAAGCUGUUAUAGGACACCAUGAGCACAAUCGUAGCGCUCAUCCUGUAACUACACUUAAUUAAAAGCUAAUUAACAUU